AUGCGCAUAAACAAGUCCAAACUCAAGCCUUCACCAAAAGCAGUGAGGAUAAACAACAAGCUCCUUACGAAACCUGAAAAUAAGAGACGUGACAAGGUGACAGAGAGUGAGGAAGAGGACGAAUCAGAGAGUGAUACAGGAAGCUCAGCGGAGGUGACAGAAGAGGAGACGAGUAGUAAUGAUGAGAAGGAGGAGGAGCAAGGCAGCGACGAAGAGCCAUCUGAGACACAUGGAAGUGAGGAGAGCAGUGAGGAGAAGGCUGAGGCGUUAGAUAGUCAGAGAGACACGGGACAGACAGCUGACGAGGAAUCAGACAAAGAGCAUUCGGAGGAAGCCGAAUCCAGAAGCGAACCAGUCACAUCAAGUGAAGAAGAAGGUAUAAACGAGAAGGAAGUUGAAGUAUCCGAGGCAUCCAUCAGUGAUGUGGGUGAAGACGAGGAGAUAACCAAGGAGGACACAAAGCCAACAGCUGACAAAGCCUGCAGACGACGCAGACAGACUCCCCGUGCCUCGAGGCCUGCACAAGGACCGAAACACAAGAUGUUUAAAAAAACAAAGGCAGAUAAGCAGGCUGAGAAAGAGGAGAAACAAAGAGCCAAAGCAGAGAAGCAAAGGUUAGAAAAGGAAGCCAAACAAAAAGCCAAAGAUGAAAAAAAGAACAAAAAGAAACGACAGAAAGAGGAAAAAUCCAGUUCUGCAACAGAGGAGACGCAACCACCAAAAGGUCUUUCUGGAAAUGUGGUUGACACAGCAAAGGGAAAGACCCAGUUAGCAAACAAAAUAAAGAAGAUCAAUGAGAAAUAUGCUCCUGUAGAAGCUGAUCCAGAUGAGGAAGAGGAGGAGGCCGAACCAACAUUGACCAAUGCCAUCAAAGGCCAAAACCGAAUUAUGCUUCUUAAAGCCAAAGGUAAAGACCUCAAAGCCAUUCUGGACCCUGCAGAGCAGCAGGACACUGGAGGUGCCGUCAAAGGUCGGUUGCUCUUGGGGAAGGUAAAGAUGGCAUCUCUCCGGAACAAAGCAAAUAAGAUGUUACCAAAGCCUGAUGAGGAAACAUCAGAGAGUGAUGCCAGUGAUGGGGGGUCCUGCAAACCCAAGGAAUGUUUGAUAGCACGAAGAUCAGGGAUGACCACUCUUCGCCGAAUGUCUGGUUGGAUUCAGAAAAACAUGCCACGGGGGUUAAAUGUGAGAAAGAAGUUUUCUGCUUGGACUAAAGCCAUUGGGUUCUCCCACUGGCUCUCCAUUCGGAUGAUAAAACAGAAGCAAGGGCCCAGAAAAUCUAAGGGUAAUAUCCUCAAACAUAGGAUGGCCAUGAGAGUUGCCAGUAAAACCAGCUUGGCAAGUAAGAAAAACAAGAGUUCCCCUGCAGACAAAUUGGGUAAAGAGAAUGCCAGCGUCCAGGGAAUUGUGGGGGAGGGAGGGGAGGAAGUGGUCCCAGCUGGGGAGAAAGAGGUAGAAGCCAAAUUUGCUGUGGUACUCCCCAGGAUGAACAAACUGGGCAAUGCAAAGUUAGCUGAUGUUUCCCAGGCAGCUCCUGGAAAUGGUUCUCCAUCAGGUACAAUGGGACCACCAGGAGAACCCACUACAUCCCAGCCAAAACCCCCUAAACCAGGAGCAAGGCUUGUGCUUCCUGUCAAACCAGAUCUCAGCCUCCUGAAGUCCAUCAAGAAGUCCUUUCCAGGAGGGUUAGCGUCAGGUGUAGAUGUGUCAGAGAGGAGCCCUGGGUCGAAUGGUGCACUGGAGGGAUCAUCCAACUCUGAGGAAAGAAACAGGAGAGCUGCUCUAGACAAUCAAGAUGGAGUCAGUGUGCUACAGGCUGCAAGAGGGAAACUGGACCCCUCUCAAAUCAACCUGAGCAAGAUGCGUUUGUCAGGCGGAACAAAAAAUGGUGCGCCAACUCGAGCCAAGGGACCAGACUUGGAGAGAGAGGCUGCAGCUGGGCUACCCAGGUCCACCACUCAGCCCUUUCCAAAUGGGGAGACAAGCGCUGUGAUGCCAGGUGUCCGGUCCUUGUAUGAAGAAGAGGCAGACAGGGAAGUGGCCCAGCUGAUGGGUGAGGGGGGCGUGUAUACUAUCAACCAGCCAGAGGUGCACUGGGCUGGUAACCCACGGAUGAGUGGAGACCCUCAGGACUGGCUGCGUGCUGAGAACUUGUUGCCCCACCAGACAGUAGAGAAGCUAACCAAGUGGACAGUCUAUGAUGAUGAGGGCCAGACCAGGACUGUUCCUGCCCACAAUGGCAGGGGCCCCUGGGAAUCAGAAGACCCCACCCAGGAGAUGCUUGAGAGUCGAAUGGUCACCACACAGGUGCUUAUUCCUGGCAGCAAAAGAGUUGUAGAGGUGGAUGAAGUGGAAGAUUUGUCCCAGCUGGAAGAGGUCUGCGAGAGCUCAGUGCUUCUAAAUCUGAAGAAGAGGUUCCACCGUGACUGCAUUUAUACUUACAUUGGAAACAUGCUGCUGUCCAUUAACCCCUUCAAGCCCAUUCAAAUCUACACAGAGGAGCUGAGACAGAAAUACCAGGGCAAAGACAAGCAGAGAAACCCACCCCAUGUGUAUGCCAUAGCCGACGCAGCUUUCAGUCAGUCUCAAACCUCCACACAGGAGCAGUGCAUCAUUAUAAGUGGCCAGAGUGGUUCAGGGAAGACUGAAGCUACUAAGCUGAUAGUCCACUACCUCAGCUCCUUGUAUCAGGGCAGAAACGACAACCUGCGACAGCCAAUGGAGGUCUUCCCCAUCCUGGAGAGUUUUGGGAAUGCCAAGACCAUUCUCAACAACAACUCCAGCCGCUUUGGCAAGUACCUCCACAUCCACAUUCUCCAUGGGGUUGUUGUAGGGACCUCGUUGUCCAAAUAUCUCCUUGAGAAGUCAAGAGUUGUCUUUCAGGCCAAUGAGGAGAGGAACUACCAUGUGUUCUAUGAGCUGCUGGCAGGUAUGAACGACUGGGACAAACAGGAGCUCUACCUGCAAGGAGCCGAGACCUAUUACUACCUAAACCAAGGUGGUGCCUGUGAAUUGAAGAUGAAGCAGGAAAAGCAGGACUUCCAGCUUUUGGUUCAGUGCUUUGAGACCAUUGGCCUGCAUGCUGACCAGAUCUCUACCAUCUGGGCCAUCCUCUCCUCCAUCCUGCAGCUCGGCAACGUCUGCUUCAGCUCAUAUGAGAGCGAGUCAUUUGAGGUGGCACGUAUCUUCAGCGAGGCUGAGGCCAGGAGGGUUGGAUCCUUGUUGCAGAUUUCCUCCGAGGCCUUGCAGACUGUCAUCACUCACAGAGUCACAGAGACGACCUACGAUAGGAUCUACUGCCCUCUGUCUGUGGAAAGUGCCAUAGAAUACAGAGAUGCCAUUGCCAAAGCCCUGUACUCAGUGCUGUUUGACUGGUUGUUGGAGCAGAUCAACGACUGGCUGAGCCCCACAGAGAUGGACAGCACAGUGGGCAUAGUCGACAUCUACGGGUUUGAGGAUCUGGGAGUGAACAGCUUUGAGCAGCUGUGUAUCAACUUUGCCAAUGAGCAGCUGCAGCAUUUUGUCAACAAGGCAGUGAUCUCCCAGGAGCAGGAGGAGUACAGUGCAGAGCAGAUCCAGUGGUAUCCCAUGCCACUCAAAAACUUUCACUCUUGCCUGGAGUUGAUCUCCGCCAGACCACAUGGCAUCCUCCGCAUACUGGACGAUCAGACCUGCCUUCCCCAGGCCACUGACCACACCUUCCUCCAGAAGUGCCACUACCACCAUGGGAACAGCCCCUACUAUGCCAAGCCCAAGAACCCACUGCCAGUGUUCACUGUCUAUCACUAUGCUGGAGCUGUCACUUACCAGGUUCAUAACUUCCUGAAUAAGAACCACGACCAGUUCAGGACAGAAGUGGUGGAGCUUUUUGCCAGAAGUCGAUCAAAGAUGGUGUCGGAGCUGUUCAGGAAGGUUCAGGACGGUUACAUUCAGCAGAGAGAGCUUGGCUGGAGAGGGAAGGGCCUCCGCCAGCAGCCCUCUACUGCUGCUUCACACUUCCUUCAGUCCCUGACUGAACUCACCACCCGCCUGGAGAGAUGCAAAACCACUUUUAUUCGUUGCCUGAAGCCAAACUAUGUCAAGCUUCCUGGGAUCUUUGACGUAGACUAUAUGUUGGCCCAGCUGAGGCAUGCUGGGAUGUUGGAAACCAUCCAUAUCCGGAAAGAGGGUUUCCCUGUACGAAUACAGUACUCCUACUUCAUUGAGAGAUACGGGGUGCUCUUGAGCCAGCGUGAGAGCGAGGCGUCGGACAGAGAGCUGUCGGUGGCUCUGCUGGACAUGGUUGGUGCAGAGGACGGACACUACCAGCUGGGACUCACUAAGGAGCUUCUGUACCAGCAGCUGGAGGACAAGUGGAGCAGCACCCAGACCUGGGCUGCCGUCACCAUCCAGAGGAACAUCAGAGGCUUCCUCUGCAGGAGAAACUUCAGGUUCUUCAAACAGAAAGCCAUUGUCAUCCAGAGUCACAUCCGAGGACACCAGGCCAGGAAGUACUACAAGCGUCUGAGGCAGUCCUUCACACAGUUCUGGGCGAUGAUGAUGAUAACACGGGACACCAUCAAGAGACGCCACUGGAGAAAGGAAUUUCAUGAGAAUAACAAAGUCAAGGCAGUGACAAAGACUAAGUCUGUCUCCCAAGUAAUGGAUGUGGGGAGGUUGGAGAUCCCUGCUGAGCUGUCAGCCAGACUUCGCAGUGCGACAGGGCAGCAGCAUGCAUCAGGGGUCACAGAGGUCCGGCCUCCACAGGUGAAGGCAGAACACAAGCUCUCCCUGCCCCAGGAUAUAGACAGAUACCCAUUCUCUCGCUAUGCCAAGUCCAUUCUGAAGGAUACAUGGGGCCAGCCUCAGGGAUACCCCCUGCAGAGAUCCCUCACCCCUCUAGACCCUGAAGAUGCCAAAACUGCCCUGGAGAUUUACAAACUGAUCUUGCGUUUUACAGGUGAGUCAGACCUCACCGGCUGGCAGGAGCAGAUGCUGGGGAACUACAUAGUGGAGAGGGGUCAGAGCCGGGCAGCCUUGAGGGACGAGAUUCUGGCCCAGUUGGCUUACCACACAUGGGACCUGCAGGAGGAGCAGAAAAUAAGGGGAUGGCUGCUGCUGGCCUGCUGCCUCAGUGCCUUUACCCCCUCACCAACACUGGACAAACCCCUACUCAAGUAUGUGUCUGACCAUGGUCCAGGGGAGUACCGCUCACUGUGCCAACACAAACUGCUGACAUCCCUGCAGCUCCCAGCUCCCACUGCCCGCAUCUACCCCCCCACCCAGCUGGAGUGGACCAGCAACCAGAGGAAGGGGGCCAUGCUGCUGGACGUCCACACUUUCAACGAUGAGAAGCUGAUAACUGAAGUGGAGUCAUGGACCACUGGGGAGCAGCUGGCUUCAUGGCUUCUUCAUUUCAGAGGUGUGUCGGAUCCAGUGCAGGGCUGGUCAGUGUCUCUUCUGACCGAUGAAGGCUGGUCCGAUCUGGCUGGCUCUGACUUUGUUAUGGAUCUUCUGGCUGGAGCUGAGGCUGAAGUGUUGCCACCACCAGGGACUCCAUCAUCCACACACUCUGACUACCUGUUCAGCAACCAGGGAGACAGGAUGCCAGCUACAGAUCUGGAUGACUUCAUUCCACCAGCACCUCCCAUGCAAGCUCCUGGGCUGCCUGCUUAUGAGGGAAGCUCCUGGAGAAGAGAUUAUCCACAGGAAGGUAUGCCCAUGACAAUGCCAGGCUAUCCUAUGGGAACAGUGCCCAGCUACGGUGCAACUCCCAUGAUGCCAACCAUGCCAGCCAUGAUGAUGCCCCAGAUGCCUGCCCCGCCUGUCGCUGACCCCAUGCAGAUGGCAGCAUCACAGCAGGCCCUCAUCAACCAGCAGGCCUUUCUCAUGCCAGAAAGAGAAGUGGACUUAGCAGAGCCAGAGGAUUUGCACUCCUUCAGAGAUAAAAGGGAUUACUUCCAGAAGAUUGGCGAUAAGCCCAAAGGUGGAUCUAAAACCCAAAGGCCUCCGCCUGCCCCCUCCAGCCCACCCAGACCUCAGCAACACUCCCCGCCAUCACCACGCCGAUCACCACCACCUACAGCACCUAAGCCUGAGGUAAAGCCUCUCCGAACCCCUCCUGCCAGAGAAGUGGACACACCAAAUUCAAUACCUACCCCAGCUCCAGCCAGGCCCCAGCCAGAACCCACCUCCAACAUCCGGGAAAUCAUCAAAAUGUAUAACACCCGACCCCAACCAGAAACCAAACCCUUUGAGCCUGUCAGACAUCCUCCACGGCAUUUUGUAAAGAAGAAUGACCCCAAAGAGGAAGCUUUGGCCAAACUCAUGAACAAAGCACCAGUGCCACACCAGAAGAAACAGUGGGUGCCUCCACCAGUUAUGCCUAAGAGGGAGCUGCCUCCUCCCAGGAGGCCCUCCCCACAGCCGUCUCCAUCCUCCACCAGGAGAUCCCGCAUCAUCUCUAGUGAUAUGAAGAAGAAACAGCGCUCCUUGGAGGACUUGUUUGGCUCGCAGCGCUCUCAACACCCUCCCCCUGCUCCUCCUGACUCCCCACCACCUCCUCCACACCCAGCACCUAUCCUUCAGAACAUCCCUGACCCACCAUCCAUGGCUGCCCCGUCUCUAAAUGUGAUGCCAGACGUGGAGGGCAAUCGCUCCCAGGUCCUCCGCUUCUCCGCUGGGGUUUACUUCUCCUAUUCCAAUAUGCCGGGAAAACUGUUCCUGAGGAAAGAAGUGUUUUACCCCAGAGAGAUGUUCAACCGGCCCUACAUCCUCAAUCUGUUAUGUGAACAGAUUAUGAGGGACACCUACUCUGAGAGCUGUGUGAGGAUCAGCAGAGAGGAGAGGAGGAAGAUGAAGGACCUGCUCGCAAAUUUCAAUGUGGGAAUGACUAUAAGCACCAUCCAGAAUGACGGCAUGAAGAAGAGGAUUGUCAUUGCUGCUCGAGACAACUGGGAAAACUACUUUACCCGCCUGUUCCCUUUGACGGUGCCCAGUGGAGAUGCUCAGGUCGUGGGUGUCUCUCAUCGAGGCGUUCGUCUCCUGAAGGUGGUCAGAGCAUCAGGCAUCAACCCCAAACACCUCCGUCUGCUCAGAAGCUACAGUUUUGCAGAGUUGCUUUCAGUCGACCUGCAGGGUGCAGACAGAGUGGAACUGGAGCUGAAGAGUGAAAAGUUGGUGCUUCAGUCGACCAGAGCUCCCCAGCUCACUCACAUGAUCCGAUUCUUCCUCCAGCUGCUCACCAGGGAUUCAGGCCAUGUGGUCGCCCUGAAGAGUUUCAUGACGGAUGAUAAAAGUCUGCUCAGCUUCAGCAGGGGUGACAUCAUCAAACUGUUGCCAAUGGACGGACUCCAGACAGACUGGCUUUUUGGCACCAUGGGGGGGCGCUCUGGUCUUUUCCCAGAGGACCUGACCCAGCCAUCUGCAGCCCCAGACUACCACGCUCUACACCUUGACCGGAGAGAUGACAGGAGGAAAAGCAUGAGGGGCUCUAGACCCGUCGGUCCACCCAAGGACACGUCUCUAGGUCCCAUCAGCGGCAAGGUGGCCUCGGCCCCGGGAUCGGCCCGGAACUCAAUCCACAGCUCAAACCAUGAGCUGGAGACCCUCUCUGGCAUGGCUGAGUUUGCCAUGAAGUUCUUUAGAGUGGGGACUACAGGUCUGCCAGCAAGUGGAAGGAACUUUUCAGAAGCGGUUCAGCACAUAGAUGUUCCCAUACAAGAGUCCCUCAUUCUCUACAAUGAUCCUGAAAUCAAUGAUUUAUCUGUCCAGUGCUACAUGAACCUGAUGCAGUUCAUGGGUGACAUGCCAAUGCAGAAGAAUAACACCCAGUCAGACUGCCUGCUCCACAUCUUGAUGUUAGGGAAGGAAAAGGAGCUUCUGAGAGAUGAAAUAUUCUGCCAAGUCAUCAAGCAAACCACCAACAACCCAACCAAAUCUAACUGUACCCUUGGAUGGCGGCUGCUCAAUCUGAUGACUGGGUUCUUCCCCUGCUCUAGUAAUUUGCAGCCGUAUGUCACACGUCACCUACAUGACAUUUCUCAGGACUACGAACACCCAUACCAAGAGCUGGCUGGUGUGUGUCAGGAGAACCUUCAGCGAUCUCUCAGUUCCGGAGGUCGCCGUAACAUCCCCUCACAUUUAGAGAUGGAGGCCAUUCUGGCUGGCAAAACUUCUCGACGUAUUCCCAUCCUGCUGCCAGGAGGAGUGGAGUUCCCCAUCAAGAUACGCAGCUUCAGCAUGGCAGCAGAGGUGGUAACAGAGUUCUGUCAAGAAAUGGGCAUCUCAGAUCCUACAGAAAUGAAGGAGUUCUUCAUCCACGCCAACCGACAGAAAGAUGGGAUAGUGCGUCCCCUCCAUGCUGAUGAGUAUCUGUUUGACUACCUUCUGGAUGACGGCUCUAUCUUCUUUUCCCUGAGAAGAGUGAUGUGGAGAAGCCCUCUGUCCUUUAACAGUGACCUGUACUUGGAGUUCCACUACCAGCAGCUCCUAGGUGACUAUCUGAGCGGGCGGCUGAUGCUUGCUCCUGCUGUAGGUGGUCCCUCCUCAGUCCAGCAGAUCGCAGAGCUGUCGGCCCUGCAGCAUGUGGCUCAGGGACUGAAGGAUCAGCCCUCACUGCCAGAGUUAAAGGAAUACCUGCCCUCCCAGGAUGGACUCAGCGGUAAAAUUGAAGAGAUUCACUCCUUCUGUCAGGGCCAGAUAGCUGCCAUGCACUCCUACAGCCCUCAAGACGCCAAAAUACAAUUCAUUGAGUUCCUGAGCACCCUGCCUCUGUUUGGCUCCAACACUUUCUUGGCCCAGAAGGUCAGCCAGCGUGGAUGUCCGUCCCCAUGCAUGGUCAGCAUCAGCCAGGAGGGGGUGCUGUUCAUUCACCCCAAAACACAGGAGCGAGUGUUUCUAAUUCCCCUGGCAGACGUGCAGUCCAUGUGUACCAUCCGCCCCAAGAAACUAAGCAAAGUGCCAGCUGUGGACAUCAGUUACAGCAAUCCAGGCCGAACUAAGAAAGUCACUGUUCAUCUGAAAGAGGCAAAGGAGCUGUGCCACAUUCUUGCUCUGAUAAUGACAGAGCUGAUCCGACCAUCAGUCAGCAGCACCGUUUCAAAUCGACUGUAGACACACACACACACACACACACACACACACACACAGUAUUGAGUUUUUGUUAAUCACUGGCUUCUGUAACUGAGUUUUUUGUUUACCCGUUCUGUUAAUUUAUGUUUUUUUCUGUGUAACUUCAUGAAUAGUCUGUCACUGAUGAAAUGGACUGAAUGGAAACAUGAAUAUGAACACAAUGCUGAUAAUGUGUCCAGUGUUAUGUUAUCUGUAUCUAUAUGAACAUACUAUUGUGAUCAAAGGACCAAUAAUUGUUUUGUAAAGGUAUUGACUUAUUCGUACAAUAACUAUUAUUGUAUGAACAAAUAAAUACCUUAAAUGAUUCA